CUAUACUCUCAAUCUUACUAUCUACAAGUUUUAAGUCCCUCCGGUGUCAAAACCCGCGGGUCCGAAAUCCUUCCGUUCACACAGAUACCUACAUCCAUUCUUAUAAAAUACCACCCAUCAUGACCGACCCCGCCCUCCAAAUCCCCGAAGUCAUCCAAACCGCCUCCAUCAACCCGGCGCCGUCCGCGGAACACGACGUCAACCCGCCCACCGCAGCCUCCGAGAAGCAGCCCAUCGUGGAAGAUGAUGUCGCCUCCGAAGCAGGCAGUAUCCCCUCCGAUGUCGUCGAUCCUCACCGCAUGAUCAAGCCCGUCUCGCGACGACACCAUCUGCCCCCAUUGCCCGAUCUGCGCUUCGAACAGAGCUAUCUCGCCAGCUUGCGGGGAGCUGAUACCUGGGGCCGAGUAGCUUGGAUUACCAUCAGAGACCAGGUCCUCCUCCCUCUAAUCCAGGGCACCGUCUGGACUCUCGCUCUCUCUGGCUGGCGAUUCUGGAACCGCAACGCGUCCCUCAGUGGCCAGACACUCGGUAGCAAGAUCCGGAGAUGGUGGUACGAGGUGAACAACUGGAAGCUGCCUCCUUUGCGAUCGGCCAGGGAUCCUCACAUGGCGGCGAAGGUGGAAGACUUCUACACGGCCCAGUUCUCGAAUGCCGGUGCUGAUUAGGUUGUCUUUUUGAGUUGAUUUGUAUGGUUGUCAAAGGUAUUGACGUGACUGUGGGUGUCUAGUAAAGUCUGCAUUUGGGGAGUUUAGCGUACGGCGUUUAUCCUUUCGAACCAGUGAGCCUUGAUUGAUUGAUAUUAAGCUUCCGUAUAUAGCCGGGGGCUUUCAUUUUCCUACACGCUAUUUCUGGUGUCUAGAGCCGAGGGAUACGGAACUUCUAUUGUUUCAUCCCAAUCUUGCAAUUUAAGUACUGUACAUAGCACAUAGCAGCCCCGGCAAGAGGUCCGUCCAUCUGGUAUGACAGGUUAUGUCUUGGAGUCCUCAUCUCUCUAAUACCUAA